AUCAGUUAAAUAUUCAUAUUAGAACUGUCAACAACAGCAACAAGUGUUCAUAGAAAAAAUACAGAAUGUUUCAGGCUCUAUUCUUGGCAUCCUGCAUAGUGGCAUUCAGCCUUGCUAGCUAUGACCAUACGGAUGACUGGCACUCGAUUGGCAAGUACAAGUUCGAAUAUGGUGUAAAGGAUCCUCACACUGGAGAUCACAAGAGCCAGUGGGAAAUCAGCAACGGCGAUGGACUUAAGGGCGGCUACACCCUGGACGAACCGGACGGUACCAAGCGACUAGUUCAGUACAAGGCUGACAAAUGGCACGGCUUUCAGGCGAUUGUGAAACGCAUCGGCCACGCCAUUCACCCACAAAACUAUGGUACACCGUUCGUGGUGCGCCACCAGGACCAGCACCAGCCGCAGGAGCAGCAUAAAAAUCAAAAAAGCGGUGUGGGUAAUAACUUCUGGAAGCAAUCUAACCAGUAUCAGCUCCAGCCAUUACAGCAGAACGGUUGGAUUGAUCAACAGGCCGCCUCCAGCAGCGAUGGUUGGAAAACUGAGGGCGGAUUGCCAGCCACCAGUUAUGCGAACCAAAAGAUCUACAACUACCAUUGAAU